AUGGGCGCCAACGACAAGCCUACUGUCCCUACCACUCCCCCACACGCCUGGCCUGUGCCCGAACAGUGGCCCGCCGCAAAGGUCAGGCAGACCUUUAUCGAGUACUUCCAAAAGCAACCUCAAUUUGAGCACACUUUCUGGAAAUCGAGUGGAGUCAUCCCCUUUGACGAUGACACCCUUCUCUUUGCCAACGCUGGUAUGAACCAGUACAAGCCGCUCUUCCUGGGCACCGCCGACCCCAAGAGCGACCUGUCCAAGCUGGUCCGAGCGGUCAACAGCCAGAAAUGCAUCCGCGCGGGUGGCAAGCACAACGGUGCAGAUCUCGACGAUGUGGGAAAGGACACCUACCACCACACAUUCUUUGAAAUGUUGGGCAACUGGUCAUUCGGCGACUACUUCAAGCUCGGCGCCCUCACCAUGGCCUGGGAUCUCCUCACCCGUGUCUAUGGCCUCCCCAAAGACAGACUCUAUGUCACCUACUUUGAAGGUGAUGCUAAACAGGGCCUGGAGCCCGACACGGAGGCUCAGCAGCUCUGGAGAGAUCUCGGUGUUCCCGAGAGCCAUAUUUUGCCCGGUAACGCCAAGGACAACUUCUGGGAAAUGGGUGCCACUGGCCCUUGCGGUCCCUGUUCCGAAAUUCACUUUGACCGCAUCGGCGGCCGUGAAGCUGCCCAUCUCGUCAACGCAGACGACCCCGACGUCCUCGAAAUUUGGAACAAUGUGUUCAUUCAAUACAACCGAGAACAAUCCGGCGAGCUCCGUCCCCUUCCUGCCAAGCACGUCGACACUGGUAUGGGUUUCGAGCGUCUCGUCUCUGUCCUCCACAAUGUCCGAUCCAACUAUGACACUGAUGUCUUUACUCCCAUCUUUGCCAAAAUCCAGGAGUUGACUGGUGCGCGAGCCUACGAGGGCAAGCUUGGAGAGGCCGACAAGGACGGCAUCGACACUGCCUACAGGGUCAUUGCCGACCAUAUCAGGACCCUGACCAUUGCCAUCUCUGACGGCGGUGUCCCCGACAAGGACGGCCGAGGCUAUGUCCUCCGACGAAUUUUGAGACGAGGUGUGCGAUACGCGAGCAGCAAGUUCAACGUCAAGAUCGGUUCAUUCUUCUCUUCCCUUGUGCCUACUGUCAUCGAGUCUCUGGAACCCAUCUUCCCCGAGGUCAACAGCAAGCGCAAGGAGCUCAUCGAGAUUCUUGACGAGGAAGAGGCUUCUUUCGCCCGAACCCUCACUCGAGGCGAAGCCCUCUUCAACAAGUACGCCGCCCUUGCUCACGAAGAGAAGAGGACCGUUCUCUCUGGAAAGGACAUCUGGAGGUUGUACGACACCUACGGUUUCCCCGUCGAUCUUACUCAGAUUAUGGCGGAGGAGCGUGGAUUGAAGGUCGACGAGGAAGCUUUCGAAAAGGCCAGGCUCGAGUCGCUCGAGGCGAGUAAGGCUGGCGGAAAGGAAAAGACUGGUGCCCAGGUCAAGCUUGAUGUGCACGACUUGGGUGCUCUCGAGGCCAACGACGCCGUCCCCAAAACCGACGACUCUGCCAAGUACGGCCGCGAGGACAUUACCGCCACUGUCAAGAGCAUCUACCACUCUUCCAAAUUCUACUCUUCCACCUCUGAACUCCCUCCCAACUCUGUCUUUGGUGUCCUUUUGGACAAGACCAACUUCUACGCCGAGUCUGGUGGUCAAGAGUAUGACACUGGUGUGCUCGCCAUCGAUGGUCAGGCCGAGUUCAAGGUCGCCGACGUGCAGGUAUACAACGGCUAUGUCUUGCACGUUGGUCAGCUUGAAGAGGGUGAGAUCAAGGUUGGAGACGAGGUGAUCUGCACCUACGACGAGCUCCGACGAUGGCCCAUCCGUAAUAACCACACCGGUACUCACAUCCUCAACUUUGCCCUCCGUGAGGUUCUCGGCGACCACAUCGACCAGCGAGGCUCCCUUGUUGCGCCCACCAAGCUCCGCUUCGACUUUUCCCACAGCAAAUCCAUCACCGUUCCUCAAUUGACCAAGAUUGAGGAGAUUUCCAACGAGUGGAUCAAGAAGGCCGCCCCUGUCUACUCAAAGGAGAUGGCUUUGGCUGAGGCGCAGAAGAUUCCUGGUCUUCGUGCGGUCUUUGGUGAGGCUUACCCCGACCCUGUUCGAGUCGUCUCCAUUGGUUUCCCUCUGGAAGAAAUCGCUGCCAACAUCGAGGACAAGAGGUGGGCGACCACGAGUAUCGAGUUCUGCGGUGGUACACACGUUGCCAAGACGGACGACAUCAAGGACUUUGUCAUUGUUGAGGAGUCUUCAAUCGCCAAGGGUAUCAGGCGUGUAGUUGCUGUUACCGGGCACGAUGCCCAUGAAGUCUCAAGAAAGGCUGUCGAGUAUGAGAGGAAGUUGGAGACCAUCCGAGGGCUGCAGGGCAAGGAAAAGGAGGCUGCGAUGAAACCGUUCUUGACUGAACUCGGUCAGAGCGGUAUCUCCCUGAUCAAGAAGAGCGUCUUGAAAGAGCAAUUUGAGAAGAUGGCUGGAGAGCUUGCGGCUGCUGCCAAAGCCAAGAUCGCCGCCGACUCCAAGAUUGUGACCGAGACAAUCAAAGCCUACUUCAAGGAGAACCCUAAUGAGAACGUCUUUGCCGCCUCGUUCGACGUCGGAGGCAACUCCAAAACUUUGGCUGCUGCUGCUACCGCUGGUAAGGCUACCGGUAAAGCCAUCUACGCUUUCAGCGCCGAUCCCGAGACUGGCAAAGUCGCCCAUAUCAACUACUUGCCCAAGGAGGUCGUUGCGGAAAAGAAGCUUGAUGCAAAGAUCUGGUUGAACGAGGUAGCCAAGGUUCUUGGUGGAAAGGGCGGUGGACGAGACGACAGUGCUACUGGUGUUGGAAGCGAAGUUGCUAAGAUUGACGAGGCCAUCGUCGUUGCCACGACUGUAUACAAGAAGAGGGUUGAGGGUGCUUAA